AUGUCAACGCGCUCGACGCAAACCGUCCUAGAGACGCCGACGAUGCUAAGGAAGAGAUCAGGCUUUCUGGUCCUUGCCGAAUAUGACAAAGCCGGCGCUCUGAAGACCAAGUAUGUCGAGUCGGCUCCGACUGCCGGAUCAUCUAGGGUCGAUCUCACGCUCCCUCCCAAAAGAAAGAAGCCUUGGCAAGAGCUUCUCGAAAUUUUCUUGCCGGAUGGCUAUCCGCAUAGCGUUACAGACGACUAUGCUGAAUAUCAGAUUUAUGACUCCCUUCAAGCUUUUGCUGGCACGAUUGCCGGCAUGAUUUCCUCGCGUGCUGUUUGGCAAGGGCUGGGUGUCGGAGACUCAUUAGCAUCACCGACUGGGGCUAUGCUCAUCCAAGUCACGAGAGAGUCCAUGGGAAGGCUCGCAACUAUCACAUUUGCACACCUGUUUGCGACUUCGAUUGAAGCAGAAUGUAAGGCAUACCGCAUGGCCUGUGAUCUGUUAACCGACACAGCGAUGGUUCUCGACUGCGCGUCUCCUUAUUUUCCGCAAGAAGCCAGGUUUCUGGUUCUCUGCCUCUCCAGCAUCCUAUACUCCGCAUCUGGCGUCGUUGGGAACGCAUCAAAAAGCAGUCUUAGUGGUCACUUUGCCAAGUGGAACAAUCUCGGCGAGCUCAAUGCUAAAGAUGCCAGCCAGGAGACAGCCAUCUCUCUGAUAGGAAUGCUUACGGGAACGUUUUUAUUAUAUUUUCUAACCGACGAAACAUUAUCAUGGAUCGUUCUCUUUGUCCUCCUUGGCGUUCACCUCCUUCUCAAUUGGAGGGGCGUUCGAGCAGUACACUCACGUCAGCUAAAUCGGCAACGUACCAAUAUUGCUCUGUCGGCAUUAUUUUCGAAAGACGAAGUCCUCACACCACUGAAAGUUUCCCAAAGAGAACUCAUCUUCGAGAAGCGAAGGGGAGAAGUCUUUCGCUGGAACUCCGGGCCAGUGUUUGGCCACUGCAAGUACGGAGUGCCCCUCAAGACCCUGCUUGAAGCUUUGGCCUAUGGGAAGACCCACGAGAUGUCUUUCCAGCUUUCAAGUGUCGACCUAUAUACACUCAUGGACGUAUUCGAUCGCGAGGAGUACGUUCUCUGGUGCCAGGUGUCGACCGCGGCCAACGACGCGGCCUCCAGAAUCAAGGUUAUUGUUGUUCUGAAAGAAGGCGUGACGCCGAGGUCACAGCUGAAAGCUUGGUUCCAUGGUCUGUUGCUGGCCAGAAAACUGAGCGGGCAGGAAGAGGCGAACUUGGUGCGAGCUGAAUUCGAUCAACAAGCAAUGUUGGGCCACGUGGAAGAAAGUUUGCAAAUCGCCAACGAAAAGUACGAGCUGUACGCGAGGAGACUGGCUUCUGCAGGCUGGAACAUCGAGGUUCCUGUGCUGGAGACCCGAGCAGGCUCUCGCAUUGUUCGGGAGCCUGACGAGAUGAGAUCACACUGA